AUGACGCCCGGUGGUGCCCUCUUCCCUUGCGCAUACUAUUCACGGAAAUUGAAUCCGGCGGAGCGCAACUAUACCAUCCGGGAGAAGGAGCUAUUCGUCAUUAAAGUGGCAUUCGAGACCUGGAGGCAUCAUCUGGAAGGGGGCGGCAUCAAAUCAAGAGCGGAUGCUCUGUCCAGGAAGCCUGAAUAUUCCCGAGCAGAAGACAAGCUUCUGCCCAGGACAGUGCUCCCUAUUGAGUCUUUUGCUGCGGUGAGGGAGCCAAUAGAUGUACGGGCUUGGAUUCAGGAGGCCCAGCAGCAGGAUGGGUGGGUGGCUCAGCGAAAGGAGGAGGUGGGGCCCAAUUCACCAUGGACAGUUGUGGAUGGACUCCUCCACUAUCGUGAUCGGCUCUAUGUGCCUGGAGGCCCGCUCAGAGGACUCAUCCUCAGCCAGUGUCAUGAUAAUCCAGCAGCGGGGCAUUUUGGCCUGUUCAAGACCCUGAAUUUGGUAUCCCUGGUGUUCGUGGUGGUGGACAUGUUGACCAAGAUGGCGCAUUUCAUUCCAUGCCGUGGCUUAUCGUCUGCCCGUACCACCGCUCUCAUGUUCAUCCAGCAGGUGUUUCAUCUGCAUGGUCUUCCUGAAAAGAUAUUAAUAGAGCAGAAGUGA